GGCAUGUGGGACCGGCUGCGGGGCAGUCGGGCGGCGGGCGGCGGCCGGAGCGCGGCCGCGAUGGCGCAGCGCGGCGAGAAGGGGCCGGCGGCGGCGGCGGGCGAGGGAGAGGGUGAGCCGCCGGCCGGGACCGGGGCCGGGGCCGGGGCCGAGCGGGGGCCGAGCGGGGCCGCCGCGCCCUUCCAGCCCCCCGAGGGCGGCUUCGGCUGGGUGGUGGUCUUCGCCGCCGCUUGGUGCAACGGCUCCAUCUUCGGCAUCCACAACUCCUUCGGGAUCCUCUACAUGAUGCUGCAGAGCGACCUGGGCGAGGGGGAGAAGGACCCCGCGCUGGAGUUCAAAACAGCAUGGGUCGGCUCCUUGGCCAUGGGCAUGAUUUUUUUCUGCUCUCCCAUCGUCAGCAUCUUCACCGACCGGAUCGGCUGCAGGACCACGGCGGCCUCGGGAGCUGCCAUCGCCUUCAUCGGACUCCUCUCCAGCUCCUUCACCAAGUCUCUGGAAGUUCGUUAUUUCACGUACGGGAUCCUCUUCGGCUGCGGCAGCUCCUUCGCCUUCCAGCCCUCGCUAGUCAUCCUUGGUCACUACUUCAAGCGCCGCCUUGGCUUGGCCAACGGCAUCGUGGCCGGCGGCAGCUGCCUCAUCUCUGUGCCGCUCCCCUUCUUCCUGAAGAUGGUCGGGAAGGCCAUUGGGCUGGCACAUACUUUCCAAGUACUCAGUGCCUUAAUGCUCAUCCAGAUAUUCUUGUCCCUGACCUAUCGGCCCAUCUUGCCACCUUCUUGUGACUCUCAGCACGAUGGGCAGGACAAGCUGGGCAGCCGGAGCGUGCGGCAGCAGUGCUGGUCCCAGACGCGCAAGUAUUUCAACUUGAGGGUUUUCCGGAGAAAGACCUAUCGGAUUUGGGCCUUUGGGAUCGCUACGGCUGUCCUGGGAUAUCUUGUACCUUACAUGAACCUGGUAAAAUAUGUGGAGAAGCGAUUUCAAGAAACCAAGAAAGACUGGAUCCUCCUGGUUUGCCUCGGAGCCAUGUCAGGGCUGGGGCGCUUGGUUUCAGGCCGCAUUGGUGACUGCAUUCCCGGGCUGAAGAAGAUUUACCUGCAGGUUGUAUCCUUCGUGCUGUUGGGCAUCCUGUGCAUGAUGAUCCCCCAGUGCCAAGGGUUCGAGGGCGUCAUUGUCAUCUGCCUCUUCCUCGGCCUUUGCGAUGGCUUCUUCACCACCAUCAUGGCCCCCAUCGCCUUCGAGCUGGUGGGGCCCAUGCAGGCGUCCCAGGCCAUAGGGUACCUCAUGGGGCUGAUGGCUGUGCCCAUGACCGCGGGCACGCCGAUAGCAGGAUACCUCAAUGAUUAUUUUGGGAAUUACGACGCAGCCUUUUAUUUUGCCGGAGUCCCCCCCAUCAUCGGUGGCUUGGUGCUCUCCGUCGUCCCGCUGGUCCAUCAGAGGAUGCUGAAGAAGCAGCGCUUGGAUUCCGGCAAAGACAAGAUGCUGGUCUCGGAGACGGUGGUGAACGGGGAGCUGCUGCCGGGCUGUCCUGCCUCCGAAGCACACAUGUAACACCUCCGCACCGACACACGCUGUGCCCACCAGCCGCCUCUCCGUAGCCCAAGCACAGGCCCUUUUCUAGACGGACCAUAAUUCUCAAUGAUUGCAGACGCACUAUGUUUGUAAAGGAAAAAAAACAACAAAACAAACAAAAAAAACCCCCCACAAAAAGUUCUUCUAGUUAAAGGCUUUUAACUAGCAGAAACGCUCAUUUUUGGGACAGUUUUGAUUUCAAAGCCACCUCUUUUUUUUUUUUUUUUCCCUCUAACCAUUUUUCUAAGGAGAACUCUCACCAGGAUUCAAACUUGAUCGAUCUCCCGCUCCUCUCCCCAGUUUUCUAUAUGUCAUGACCGAGGUUUACAGCUAAUAAACGCCUUUUUAAAGCAGGCCACAGAUGGAGCUUGUUGAACCUUGCAGCUGUCCACCCUUCUCCUCCGGUGUCACUCGGUUGUCACGUCCAAGCGAGACAGCCCCUUCCCCGUCCGGCACCAGAGGCGGUUUUGGAGCCAGCAGAUCUGAAGGAGGAAACGCUGCUUUAGUCCAAUGCACAAACCAAAUAAAUGAUCGUCGGGUCCCACUUUAAUCUUCUUCUCUCCUCCUUUUCCGCUGCUCUCCCACGCACCCAGGGAGCUUCAGCUGGGACGAUGGGGAGCUCGUCCGGCUCCGGUCCCGCCACCCUCGUCGGAUGGAGCCGUGCAGGAGCACCCUCUUCCUGCAAAAUAUGCCUUAAAAACACAGGGACAAGACCAGCGGGUCCCUCGGCCACUUUCCGCCUCCGUUUUCUCACCCAGUGACUAGUGAUUGGGCUUUUGAGGUGCAAAAGAGAGGGGCAGCUCCCAGCGCAGCCCACGGCGGCCGCCGGCUCUGCAAGGUGAAAACCGCAGGCAAGCCGCCGAGACGGGCACGUUGGAGAUGUCGAGGCACGCAGGGUCGGGACAGAGCUCCACGUGUCACGGCUUCGCUCCGUGCCGGGACGCGGCAUCCCUGCGCCCAGGGAGCAGCUGGGGCACAGGGUGCCACCGCUCUUUUUUUUUUGGGGGCCAGUUGUGUAUUAUGCAGCAAUAACCAUGAGUCAGUAUUGGCAGGGGAAGCCUGGUGUUUCCGAAGGGUUUAAAAGCCCGGGCACCGUUUAACUUGUAGCCCGUGCAUUGCUGUGCGGAGCCGGCACAGGGUCGGUGCCGUCCCUGCGGGGAGAGAGCUCAAGAAAAUAGCACGGCGCGUGGGUUCCCCCCGCACAGAGCGAAGGCAGAGCUCAGCCUCGUGUAGAAAUUCAUCAGCUCCAGGCGUCGCUAAUGAGCGUGGCACGGAGCAAGGGAAGUCCUCCUGCCCUGGCGUGUCUCCGUGUGAACGAGGUGCCGGCUGGAACCGGGGAACCUUUUCCUGGGAAUAAUAACCCAGGAGAGAGCAAGAAACAACGCUCGCAUUUAUCCUGGCUGCAAAACCAUCCUUCAUUGGAUUUUCAUUUGAUUCACCUGCCGUUCAAAAAUCAGAAGCCUAAAGAGGGACGUGUGCCACGGGAAUCACCCCUCAGUGCCCCGGGCGAGCGUGGGGGUUUGUAGCACUGAGACACAUCGUUGCUGUGGCAGCUCGGUGUCAGGGGAGCCCCCCCCCCACGGGCAGCGGCGGGACCUUUGUAAAUAGGCUCGGGGUCCUGCAUGCCCCUCUGGCCCUGGUUUUAAUCCGCGUUGGCUAACGCAUCGUAAGGUCUUGUAGUCUUGUGGCCCUCCUGUCCCCAUACGAGCUGGAAAAUUAACCGGUGUGUUGUGACGUGUCUGUUUAUGACUAUAAAACGAGAUGGCCGUUUGUCUCUUUCUUCGAUACACUUUCCCCUGACCGUUAUUGCCCUUCGUUGCCCGUAUUGCAUCGUCUGCUACGGCUCUGCUGAGCCAUCGCUUGGUUCGGGAAGCUGCGGGAGGCCGCGGGAGCCGCAUCGGAAGGCACGGCGUGCAUCCACCCGUGCGUUGCGGGGAGCCGAAACACGGCGCCCUUGGUCCGGCACCGGUGGGAUCUGCCAGGCUUAGCCUAGGGCAGGGCGUUAGAGCGAUGCUCUUCAGAUGGGAGCGUUGGCGGCGGGGCAUCGUCAAAGCCGCCUGGCAGCUGAAGGAAAGAAAUGCGUUGCAUCGUAUCUCCUUCUGUGAGUUUUGGGGCUUUUAUUCACGUCAGAAUCUGUUGAAGUUCUUUAAAUCGUAUUUUUGACCUUAAUGCCCCCCAAAGAAGAGCUUCUGAGGGGUUUAAAUUCAAGAAGUGGCUUCUUCAGACCAAGAAGAGGAUGAGCCAGAGCUGCCUCAAACCCACGGCCGGCCCGAGCGAGCUGCUGUACACCAGAGCCCUCCGAUGACUGCACCCACCUUCGCACGAGACUUUGUUGCGGUAAAACCUCUGUGGCUCCUAAGGCAAUUUAUGGUUCAAAUCCCAAAUUUCUACAGAUUUCCACUUGCCUUAAAUGCUCCACCUGCCCGCACAGGUCUUUUUGUCCCGGGAGGAGCCUGCGUUCGAUGCAAUGGGUGCCUAACGCUGCAGCGGCAUCAGCCCAGCUCCGUGUCCGCCGGGAGCCGGUGCUUUUCCCAGGAGGGAUGGUGGUACCCACGUUCAUCCCUCCCUAAAUUUUAUUCUUUACCCACGGCUCUUAUUAUCGACCCUCUAGGAGAUUUCGAGCAACGAGGUGCAUUCGUGGGCCACCCGCGUUUGGUUGAAGAAAUCCACCCCUCAUCUUAUCCCGGACCAACGUCUGGUACCAGCCUCCCGAAACCACGCUCAGCAUCUUUGGUCGAGAUCCUACCCUUGGUCAAGGCGAGUCCCAAUCCUCCAGCGGGGAAGGCAUGCUUGAGCAACAGCAAGGAAAGGUUCGCCUCCUCUGCAAACACAGAUGGGAACGGGAAGGGCAAAGGUUGGAGCAGUCUGUCAAUACGAAGGGGAGAAUUUGGGGGUUUGUUCGUCAGCUGCGUGCUGCUGCUCUGCCUCGAGUUUGUCCCUUGAGUAUCGGGCAGCUUGCAAGAAUUUUUGUGGGCUCGUGGCAUGUGAGAGGUGGGAUUGUGGCGAUCUGAGCAUCUAUAAAUGGGGAGAAAUUGCACUAGUCCCUGAAACAUCCUUUUAGCCUGUCGUAGUCUGGUGCUGUGAUGCCGAAUAGGUCCCUACCUGUUGCAAAAAGCUUCAUCCUCCUCUUUGUUCCCAUCAGGAUCCGCUUGUCCUAGCCCGGCACAUCCGUGUCCUCCUCUGGGCGGGUGAGGCAGCAUUCAUGGUGAAAACUACCUUGUACUCAGUUUUCUAAUUAAAAAAAACCAAACCCAAACUUCUCCCUCCCCUGCGAGUGCCAGGCUGUGAUUCCUGCCCCGCUCCCUUGCUCCGGGAGGGGAAGGUGGAGCCCAACGCUCCGGGCUUGGCCAGUUUGGGGAGCCAGCAAGGCCGUGGGAGCGGGUCACGGCUCUCGGGUGGGAAGGGGAGUGGAGGGGAGUGGGGAGGGAGCAGCUUCGCUCCGUGCCCGGGGUGUUUGGAGAGCUGCGGGCGCGCGCGUCGCCUUAUGUAAGUGCAGAGCAAGCACGGGACGUGUCCGAGCAGCGCCCUGCUCGGGGCUUGGCUGGGGCUGCCUUUCUAAAUCUUUAGCUUGAGGGUGUUCAAAACCAAGUUGUUGUCUUUUCUUCUUCUUCUUUUUUUUUUUUUUUAAUUUUUUUUCUUUUCUUUCCUUGCUGCUACAGAGCGAGGGACCGGGUUUAACUCCUCUCGCCCUGGCUGAGGGAUGGAGCGGGAUGGCCGGGCUGGAAGGGGUCAGGGGCUGGUUGGGAUUUCGGCCUUUCGGGGCUGUCCCGCUGAUGGCAGUGCCAUGAUUCAUGGCUUAGAGUUUUUUCGAGUGCGAAACAAAGCUGGAUCCAUCUGCGGGAGCCACUUCAUUGCAGCGUGCCCUGCCCUGAGGUCCCGCGGCCAGGGAAAUGCACGUUUCUAAGUCACAUAGCUUAAAUUUAACCGAUUCUGGCUACUCACUGGCUGGGUUUGAGGUUUCCUGACAUGUCCUUGUGGGAGCUGUGGGAAGGCCACAUCCUAAUUGCCAUCGAAGCUUGAGGGCUUUCGCAGGUCUGCUGCGGUACCGUGGGGUCUGAGGAACACCCCCCCACACACACUUUUAAGACAUUUUGGCUCUGCCUCCCAGCAUCGUGGUGGUUUGGGGCUGCCCGUUUGGCCACGCCGGCAGCCGAGAAGCUCUGUGAGCCUCCGGGUUGAGCUGCCUGGUCCGGAGGAGCCGGGAGAGGGAGGUGGCCUGUGGUUGGGCAAGGACAUUCCUGCCCUUCCGUGCGUGACAGUGCCACGGGAGCGUUUUUGCACGGCGAUGGAAGGUCUCUUUUGGCGUUGGUAUGUUGGUGCUAAGAGGGAUUUGCUUUGGGCGGUCUGAUUUGGUGCUGAGGGUCUCGUGUCUGCGUGCUCAGAUCGCUCCGGUUCAGCAUCUCGGGAGGCUUAGGGUUGAUCUUCACCCUGGCUGACGUCCGCAUCUACACGUGACCCCGCGGUCCUCAGAGUAACGAGCUGCAUAAAGGUGAACUUGGACCAAAUGCUCUGGACGCAGAGGGGGACCGAUCCAGCCGGGACCCUUGCAGUCCCUCCGUCCUUCACUGCAAACCAUCACCCGGCUUUCGCAUGCCUCUGUACCCAACAGCUUUGUUUGGGGGUUACCUUGGUUAUUUUAGCUUCAAUAAUUUUCACGCUGGCGGAGUUUGCUUCUCCUUAUCCAGCUGGAAGCAGAAAACUGGAAUGACUCUGAAAGCCCCGGCUCCUCUGCCAAGGCAAGCCCAGCCGCUGCCUUUCUGCCACAAACCCCCACGCUUUUGGGCAGCUUUUUCGGGCGCUUUUGUUUAAAUCUCAGCUGCCCCUGUAACCUUUGGGGAGAAUGACGUGACUGACAAGCCUUGCUCCUUAAAUAAUCCUCCAGCAUCCUCUGCGUAAGGGCAGGCGGGAUGGAGCUGGCACGGUAGAGGGGAAUCCACCAGCGAGCAACAAACCGAAAUGAGGGUGUUUCCCUUUUUUUCGAGAGCCCUUGGAAGGAAAGGGGAUGGAUGGAGCUGCCAUCCCCGGGUAGCUCCGAGCGGGCUUUGUGGCUGAGCCCCGGGGGCAGCUGCAGGGUGACCGUCCCCGUGGCCGAUGAGGGGGUGCGUGUGUGCAUCGCUCCGGGCGCUUUAUCAGCUUGGCACGGCGGCUCCGUGGACUUUAGUCCUGGUGACAGCGAGGUUAUCGCUGGGCUUUGGCAGGCUCAUCCCACACAACCCCUUUCGGGGAGGGGGGGCGUUCGCUUCUUUUAUUUUUGCAAAUGUUGCAAUGCCCGUAGUGCUCCCACCGAGGACAGACCCCGCCAGUGCCCCCGCGUCUCCUCCUGACACCGUUGGCGGCGAAACGCCGGCACCGCCGAUCGCGGGGCUUGGGUCCCCGCUCCCGGCAGAGGCGAGGCAGGAGAGGAAACACGCACAGUCCCUCCCGUUUUCUGCAAAAACGUGGCUUUGGAAGGAGGUUUCCUACCUCCAAAGGUUCUCCUCUUUUUGUAACAUACUUCCCAACGCUCCCCCUCCGUCCAUCUCCGACCGGCGAGGCAAGCGUAGCUCUUAACCGUAGCGUUAGAGGCAAGACUUCGUGUCUAUUUUACUAAGGAAUGAAGCUUCUUCUCUUUUUUUUUUUUUUUUUGUACAUUUUUAAUCGUGGCGUGUAAAACGAGUUGUUUACUGGAGCAGGUUUUUGCGUAGCGUUGAUGCUCCGCUUCUGGUCGGUGAUGGCCAGAUUGCCUGAAUGCAGUUGGGUUUUUGGCCGCCGAGUGCAUUCAAUCCAAUCGUUCUGGAAAAAGGACACGACGUCUCGAGGCCGGCACUUUCCCAGCAUAUCUUGUUUCAGCCAUUUGAACCCGUUGAAGCAGGAGACAGGACAUUUUUUUUGGGGGGGGGGGGGGCUGAGGGUAAUUAGGAAAUUAUCCUGCUCUCCCUCCCUUGCCCUUAAAUCCAGCAGGACAAAGCCAAAUAUUUGCUUUCGGAUGGGUGGAUUUUGGAGCCGACUCCACGUAAGAGCACCGGGGUGAAGGUUUGAAUUUUGGCCGUUUCGGGUAACUUGUUUUUAAAGCGGGACCUCCAAGCCCGCUGCCGUCACCGCCCGUCCGCGGAUCCCAACGCCGCGCCUCGUCCUGCUGCCGCCCGGUCCGCGUUGGCUCCCUCCCCGAUGGAAAUCCCGCCCGUGGGGUUUUGGGGUUCUGGGGCGGGAUGCCUUGCUUUGCCCUGCCGAUGUGCCGGUAACGCUCACCCUCGUGGUGUCUGUACCCGCUAGAAAGACUCGAUAAAAGGCUGCGGACACCGCUGGUAGCUUUGCAACCCCCUUUUUUUUUUCCACCCCCACCCCCCGUGCUCCCGGCUGUGGCUCAGCAGGCGCUGAGCUCCGAACUGGGUCCCACGAGGUGCCCGGGGCUGCUGGGUGCCCUGGCCAGACCAGUAACACCAGUGGCCUGAAAGCAGCCGCUCGAUUUGCUGCAGAAGUCAGAACCUGAAGUUUCAAAUUGUUCCUUUUUUUUUGUUUUUGUUUUUUUUUUUUUUUUUGACAUCUGCUCCUUGUAAGCAAUUUAUAUUCCCUUAAAAUUUUGUAUCUGGAAGUUAAAGUAUUUGAAUGUGUGUCUUAAAAGUAUGAUUGUCCUUUCAAAAUGUGAAUUUCUGAUUGUUGGUAUACAAAAGAAAAAACCCCAACCCCCAACCCCACCCCAUAUUAGCACAUAUUUUUUUUUGUAAUAAUUAAUGUUUUAUGAAUGUUGUUUUAAAAAAUUGUGUAGAAUAAAACCAGUUUAAAAAGAAAA